CUUUUUAUUUUGACCGAGGCAAUGGAGCUUCUGUCGCUUCUAACAAUCGUGGCACUGGCCAUUCGAGGUGGUGAGGGCUGUCAGCUGCAGAGCUCCACUAGCGAAACCACCAAGGACUGGUGGCAAACCGCCCAGUUCUAUCAGAUCUACCCGCGCUCCUUCAAGGACUCCGAUGGAGAUGGAAUCGGAGACUUGAACGGCAUAACCAGCAAACUGGAGUACCUCAAGGAUCUGGGUGUUACAGCUGCCUGGCUGUCGCCCAUUUUCACCUCUCCCAUGGUGGACUUUGGCUACGACAUCUCCGACUUCUUUGACAUCCAGCCGGAGUACGGAACCCUCGAGGAUUUCAGAGCUCUGAUUAAGCGAGCCAAGGAGCUGGACCUGAAGAUCAUCCUGGACUUCGUGCCCAACCACUCGAGCAACGAGAGUGCGUGGUUCCAGAAGUCGGUGAACCGCGAAAAAGGCUACGAGGACUACUACGUGUGGCACGACGGCAAGGUGAACGCGGAGACCGGGGCCAGGGAACCGCCGACCAACUGGCUACAGUACUUCCGGGGAAGUGCCUGGGAGUGGAACGAGGUGCGCCAGCAAUACUACCUCCACCAGUUCGCUGUGCAGCAGCCCGACCUGAACUACCGUAAUCCCCUGGUGGUCGAUCAGAUGAAGCGCGUGCUCCGGUACUGGCUAAACGAGGGCGUCUCCGGAUUCCGAUGCGAUGCACUCCCCCCGCUCUUCGAGGUGCUGCCCGAUGCCCAGGGACAGUUUCCCGACGAGGUCGUGAGUGGGGCCACCGAGGACUCAGAGGAUCGCAACUACCUGACCACCACGUACAUCGAGAAUCAGCCGGAGACCAUUGAUAUGGUUUACGAGUGGCGCACCGUGCUCGACGAUCAUAAGCGUAUUUACGGCGGCAACUCGAGUGUUCUCCUCAUAGAGACCUACUCCCCCGCCUGGUUCACCAUGCAGUUCUACGGGAAUAGGAGCACCGAGGGAGCCCACUUGCCCUUCAACUUCAACCUAAUCACGGUGAUGGAGCAAAAGGGUCUGAGUGCCGCCAAUGUGCAGGAGGCCAUUGACUUGUGGUUGAAGAAUAUGCCAGCGGGUCGCACAGCUAAUUGGGUGCUCGGAAAUCACGACAAGAGAAGGGCCGCCAGUCGGUAUGGGACGGAGCACAUCGAUGCGAUGAACAUGCUGGUGAUGAUCCUUCCGGGUGCCAGUGUCACCUACCAAGGAGAGGAGAUUGGCAUGAUCGACGGGGAGAUCAGCUGGGAGGACACUGUGGAUCCCUGGGCCUGCAACUCGAACGCAAACAUCUUCGAGCAGUACACCCGGGAUCCUGAGAGAACUCCUUUCCAGUGGACGGGGGGUACCAAUGCCGGAUUCACAAAUGGCUCCACCACCUGGUUGCCGCUGGCUGAUGGCUUUGAGACUAUAAACGUGGAAACGGAACUGAAUGACGAGCGGUCCCAUUUGAAGAUCUACAAGGCAUUGGUGGCUCUACGAAAAUCAUCCAAGACUCUGCAGAAUGGGUCCACGAAGUAUGGUACAAUUUCGGAGGACAUCCUCGUGGUUCAACGAUCCUUGACCCACUCGGCCGCAGUCAUUGGGGUCAUCAACUUUGGAUCUGUAGCAAAAACAGUUGACUUGAGUGCAUUUGACAAGAAUCGCACCGAAAACUUGCAGCUUCUCAUAAGAAGUAUUGACUCGAAGAAAGUAGAAGGCACUCGGUACGACCCGAAGACCUUGGACCUCGAUCCCGCAGAAGCCCUAGUUUUAACCACCGAAUAACUCAUUAUUUUAAA